AUGCCUAUUAGAACCAUUAUUCCUCUAAUCUUAUACGUGCCUGUUUUCUUGGCGCCAUAUUUCCUUCUUACUUUCUUAUUGUCAUCUCCAUUGACAUCUGUUUCAUCAACAAAAAAGCGCGUGUUAGCAAUUCCUUGUAUUAUCUACUUGUUCUCUAUUCCUAUCAAAUUCAGUUGCAAUGAUUUUGCUCUAGAUAAUUCAUUUUCUUCAAUUGCUUUGGCUUCUUGUUUUCGCUACAUUGACCUCUUUUUCAUGAUUCCAUUUUACAAUGAGACCGAUAUCUACAUGUCAAUAUAUCAAAUCAAAGCAGACGCGUUACGGCCUUUUCGUAGCUUGCCUGAUCCCAAUAGAAUCGACUCACCGAUUAAAGAUACCGUUGCUUCAUAUCAUAUAUUACCAUCUGCUAUUGUUUUCUUAUUGUUACAUCUAAUUAUAUAUUCUUUUUUACAAUUAUUUACUGUUGAAAUAGUAUUAUCUCUUCCUCAUUACCAAUUUUUAUUAUUUUGUCUUCUUUGUGGAUUAACAAUUUAUAUCAACAUGGAAAUUGCAAAUCGUUUAUUUAUUUUUUUCGCUACUUUAAUUUUUUGUCAUGGCGAAUAUGAUCAAAAUGAGUGGCAUUUGUUAUUUAAAUCCCCUUGGAUGUCUACUUCUUUAACAGAAUUUUGGUCUAUACGUUGGCACCAAGCUUUUCGUGAAAUUUUUGUCUCUUUUAUAUAUAGACCAUUGAGAAGAUUUCUUAGUAUUCGUUUCAUUCCAUUAUUUGGAAAAUAUUAUCAACAUAUAGGAAAAUUACUUGAAAAUCUAAUUUCAAUAAUGGGAGUUUUUAUUAUAAGUGGAAUAAUUCAUGAAUAUAUUAUUUGGACUGUAAUGUAUCAAUUUUGGAAUCCUGGUGAUCAAAUUUUAUUUUUCUUCUUACAAUCCGUUGGAAUAUUAUUUGAAAAAUUAUUUUCUCAAAUAUUUCCAUCUUUAAGUUUACCAAAGUGGAUAGGUUGGUUAUGGACUAUAACAUAUUUAUGUUUUACUUUACCUUUGUUUAUGACUCCAUAUAUAAAACAAAAACCAUGGUAG